UCUGCAGUCAUUGAUUGCAGAAGAACUUGAGCGAAUAUGCCAUAUUAUCGACUCAAAGGCUAUUCGUGCGUGCAAGACUGCCGCCGACGAAAGAGCUGUCAUCCAGAAAGAGUCGGCAGCGAUUCGUACUAUUUUUAAAGAAGAAAACAACGACUCACGACAUUCCAAUGUAGCUAAAUUACUUUAUAUACAUAUGCUGGGUUAUCCAGCUCAUUUCGGUCAGAUUGAGUGUUUAAAAUUAGUAGCCUCAAAUAGAUUUGCGGACAAAAGAUUGGGAUAUCUGGGAAUUAUGCUCCUGCUAGACGAAAACCAAGAAGUUUUGACAUUAGUAACGAAUUGUUUAAGAAAUGAUAUGAAUCAUUCCAACAUGUAUAUUGUUGGUUUGGCACUGUGUACCUUGGGGAAUAUCUCUUCCCCCGAGAUGUCGGGAGAUCUGUUUACAGAAGUCGAAAAGAAUUUGGGCAGUUCUAAUACAUAUAUAAGAAAGAAGGCCGCAUUAUGUGCAAUGAGAAUAAUUCGAAAAGUUCCGGAAUUACAAGAGAAUUUUUUGAGUAGAGCAAAAUCGCUUUUGAGUGACCGAAAUCACGGAGUUUUGUUAACAGCGAUUACCCUUAUAACCGAGAUGUGUUUAAUAAAUUCGGAAACGCUAGAAACAUUUCGCAAGGCUGUACCAUUACUAGUCAGACAUUUGAAAAGUUUGGUUUCGGCGGGAUUCUCUCCUGAGCACGAUGUAACUGGUGUAACUGAUCCGUUUUUACAAGUUAAAAUAUUGAGAUUGUUGCGAAUUUUGGGUAAAGGUGACGCUGAAGCAAGUGAGGCGAUGAACGACAUUUUGGCACAGGUUGCCAUGAACACUGAAUCUUCCAAAAAUGUAGGGAACUCAAUCUUAUAUGAAACUGUGCAAACUAUCAUGGAAAUUCAAUCUGAAAGCGGCCUUCGGGUUCUGGCCAUAAACAUUUUGGGAAAAUUUUUAACAAACAGAGAUAACAAUAUUAGAUAUGUUGCAUUGACUACACUAAAUAAAACGGUGUUAAUAGACACUAAUGCGGUUCAACGACAUAGAAAUAUUAUUCUUGAUUGUCUACGAGAUGGAGAUAUUUCUAUCCGUCGACGUGCACUGGAGCUUUCGUUUGCAUUAAUUAACGCGUCCAAUGUUAGAGUGUUGACACGUGAACUGCUAGCAUUUUUAGAGGUUGCUGACAACGAAUUUAAACAAGGAAUGACGACAAAAAUCUGUUUGGCUGCCGACAGAUUUGCUCCCAACAAACGAUGGCAUAUAGACACAGUAUUGCGCGUCCUUAAACUGGCUGGUAACUUUGUUCGCGAAGAAAUAUUAUCAAAUUUCAUUCGGCUAGUUGCCCAAACUUCGGAAUUAAACGCUUACACGGCACAAAAAUUAUAUGCCGCAUUAAAGGCAGACAUUUCUCAGGAAUCGUUAACGUUGGCUGGUGUGUGGGUAAUCGGAGAGUAUGGUGACAUAUUAAUAAAAGGUGGCAGUUUUGAAGAAGAGGAACUUGUCAAAGAGGUUACAGAGCAAGAUGUCAUUGAUCUUAUGGAUUCUAUACUUGCCGGACCCUAUGCUAACCAAUUAACUCGAGAAUACAUUCUUACCGCGCUUAUGAAACUGGCAUCACGUUUUACAUCAGCGCCUGUAAUUCAACAUAUUAAAAAUACUCUUGAAAAAUACAACACCAGCAUUGAAGUGGAGAUACAACAACGUGCGAUUGAGUAUAGUAAUUUGUUUAAAUUUGAAAACAUACGGCCUGCGAUUCUGGAAAGGAUGCCAAUUCCAGAAAUUAAAGAAGAACAAAAUCGUUCACAAACUGAGGAGGGUUCUCUCUUGGAAGAUUUCAGUGGAGCUUCUAAAAAGAGCGACGGAAUUGAU